AACUAACUACUCAGUGGUUUGGCGUUUUGAGGGUGAUGCUCAUCUAUCUUAAUGUUUGUUCCAUUCAUUUUCUUGGUGAUGAAUGGAAAUGGAAAUGGAAAGGGAAAGGGGGGUAUGGGAUGGGUGAGGGUAUGAACGAAUGGCUGCCUGUCUGGCCGUGGCUGUGGUGAAACGUAACUAGUUGAUUUUUGUAACGCCUCUUUACAUGGGCUGGCUUCUUCAUGCAAAAAAGGCACUUAUAAACAAUAGUAAGUAAAGGGUGUGGGCUUGGGCUUGGGCUUGGGCUAGGGCUAGGGCAUCUACCCGAUUGAAACGGGGAGAUAAUUGAAGCAUCUCCUCCUCCCAACAUACAGUGACUGUCUGUGUCUGUGACACCACAAUCAAGUCAAAACAAAGUACAACAAAUGAAUGACUGACUGAAUAGCAUUGGCAUUGGCAUUAGCAGCAGCAGCAGUGGCACACGCGUUGCUGGGCAGGCAAGUGUGCCUGUAUGUAUCUGUGUAUCUAUGGAGAGUGGAAAUGUGGAUGGAUCAUGGAUGGAUGGGUUGAUGGGGUCCAUGGGGAGGUGUGGUGUAGUGUAGUGUAUAGAGUAGUUCCUUUCUUUGCCUGGACCUGACCUGACUUGACUUGAAGGGGGCUGGCUGGCUGGCUGCAUUGUUUCCAUUUCGGGGAGAUUUCUUGAAACAAGACACUUUCUCCAAAUCCCAUUUCCAUUUCAUUAUCAUUAUUAUUAUUAUUAUUAUUAUUAUUAUUAUUGUCUACGAUUUUGAUUGACCACACACGCUGACGCUGACGCUGAAGCAAGGCAGCUCCCCGUCAACCAAUUCCAUCUCCUCCAAAUGCAGCAGCAGCGGCAGCAUUCCCAACAAUUCUUCCACAUAAAGAGAAUUUUAUCCUUCAUUCAAAAUAGAAACCAUCCCAAUCCAUCCGUCAGUCCUUCCUCGCUUUCUCCAUCCAUCACAAGGCACCAAAUUCCAUGCAUCCUCCACUGCACUCUAGAAGAUGUCGACCUCUGCCCUCACAGCCCAGCCCUCCAAAAUCUCUACAUCUUCUUCAACCUCAUCUCAACGUCCUGCAUGUCUCUCUGUCUGUCAGAAAGAUAGCUUUCUUAAUUCAGCAAAUGUAACUCUUGAGUCAGAUCCCGCGGAUGUCCUCUUCCUUCCUCGGCAUUGACAAGAAAGCACUGGACUGAAAUGAUGGAUGGAACCAUCAAAAUCAAAAUGACUUUCAGUGCCAGGGGGAGACGGAGGAGUAUAGAGAUUAGAUAGAGGAGGGGGCUGCUGCUGCAAAGAAUCAUUCAUUAGGAGACUCACAGAAGGCAGGCAGGCAGGCAGGCUCACAACAAUACAAUGCAGUACAAUAGUGCCUUUGCCUCUUCCUAUAUAUAUAUAUAUAUAUGAACGAAUAUAUAAACAACCUGGCCGAAAGACAAAUGUACACCAGCAAAACAGAGAUUGAUGGAGCCUUUUCACAUAAGCAGCAGCAUUCCUACUGCUACUGCUCCCUACUGGACGGAUAUGGAUCCCAGAAUAUGGAGCCGGCUGCCUCAGAGAUUGAUGGACCGCACCAUUGCCUGUCUCCCCCCGCCGGCAUUCUUUCGGGCUCGUGCGGUGUGCAAGAGGUGGUAUGCCCUUCUCUUCUCCAACGCCUUCCUCCAGCUCUACCUCCAGGCAUCUCCCCGCCACCACUAUUUCAUCUUCUUCAGGCAGCAGCAGCAGCAGCAGCACCACCACCCAAGCCUCAGAAGCUGCUGCAUCUACAGCAGAGACAGCAGCAGCAGCAGCACGAGUGAUCAUCAUCAUCAUCGUCGUCAUUUUCAGGCGCAGGAAGGAUACCUGUUCGACCCGGACAACCUUAAGUGGUACCGCAUUCCCUUCCCCCUGAUCCCCCCCGGGUUCUCCCCGGCGUCGUCCUCGGGGGGGCUCGUGUGUUGGGUGUCCGAUGAUUCCUCCACCGGGUCCAAGAGGAUUCUCCUGUGCAACCCGGUGACGGGUGCCUUCUCCUCCUCCUCCCAGCCCCAGCUGCUCCAGCUGCCCUCCACCCUCAGGCCAAGGCUGUGCCCCUCCAUGGGUAUGAGCAUCACCGCCUCCUCCAUAGACGUGGUGUUCGCAGGGGACGACCUCAUCUCCCCCUACGCCGUCAAGAACCUGACCUCCGAGAGCCUCCACGUGGAUGGGGCCGGAUUCUACUCCAUCUGGGGCACCACCGCUCCUCUGCCCCGGCUCUGCAGCCUGGACUCCGGAGGGGGGAUGGUCCACGUCAGGGGGCGGUUCUACUGCAUGAACUACAGCCCCUACAGCGUGCUGGCGUACGACGUGUCGAGGAACGGUUGGAGCAAGAUUCAGGCGCCCAUGCGCAGGUUUCUGAGGUCGCCGAGCCUGGUGGAGAGCAGGGGGAAGCUGGUGCUGGUGGCCGCAGUGGAGAAGAGCAAACUGAACGUGCCGAGGAGCUUGAGGAUGUGGGCACUUCAGGAGGAGGAGGAGGAGCGGGCGUGGGUGGAGGUCGAGAGGAUGCCGCAGCGGCUGUACAGUGAGUUUGCGGAGAUGGAGGCGGGGAGGGGUUUCCGGUGUGCGGGGCAGGGGGAGGUGUUGCUGCUGAUGCUCCCCGACACAAGAGCCCUGGUGUUCCAUACGAGGACGAAGCGCUGGGUGUGGGCGCCGCCCUGCCCCCACCGCGCCGCCGCCCACACCGAGCAGCAGCAUUUGCUCCAGGGGUUUGCUUAUGAGCCAAGGCUGGCCGUGCCCGUCACUCCACUCCUCCAACAGCUUCAGCUUACCCCCCGACCAUCAUCCUAAUCCCAAUCCCAAUCCUAAUCAUCAUCCUAUAUAAUUUAUUACAGUUCCAAGGCUAAUUAUGAACUUGUAUUUCCACACCGCAUCUUCUUUGUUGACCACCCAUACGUGUAUAUCUAUAUCAUGCAUGCAGUAGCUAGCAUUUAGUCUGAACUACCAGUAGUAGUAGUCGUCGUCGUCUUCCUCUGCCGUCCACCUCAAUCUCAUAUGUCCUAAUUAUAUCUAUUUAGGCAUACAAACAUGGUAUUUAGAAUACCUGUUUGCAUAUGCUCCCAACAACCACUCUCUUAUUAUUAUGAUUAUGAUUAUUAUUAU